AUGGUGAACAAGAAGAAACGACCAGCUUCUGAGCAAGCACAGCCAGCCAAGUCAAAAGCAGUACGCCCGUCCGCAAAACGGCGGUUAGAACGGAGAGUAGCAGGACAUCAAGAAUAUCUUAAGGACAAGGACCCGCAAUUAGCCGCAAGUCUCAGACCCAAGCUCAACGAGGUGAUGGACGAGUACCAAAGCGAACCCGAGCGUGUGGCAGUCGUCGGCAAGACUGGGCAGGGAAAGUCGAAACUAAUAGAUGCUAUCUUGGGCAUCGAUGGGAUUGCAAGAUCGGGGGCAACCGGCGUGGCAACGACUCGCACUCCAAUUGUAUACUCACCCCGUCGAGCGCACGUACAAAUCCCCUACGAGGUAAGACUGGAGGUAUCCGCCAAGACCGACUGCCGAGAUUCAGUACAACAGCAUCUUGCCAAUCUUACGGAGAACCUGAAAAGGUGCGAAGGACAGCCCCUAGAGUUCGACGAGUAUGGACAAGACAGUAUCAAUGCGCUUCAAAAUCUGUUCAGCGACCUCCCAGAAUUCGCAUCGACCGAAUCUAUUUCAUCAUUCCUGGGAUUUGACUCGCCGUCCAAAGUAGCAUCAGUAGCGAAGCAAAAGGAUGCGUUCAAUCAAUGCGUCAAAUGGGCUGAGGAACGACGCCAGAAGAUCGUCAAUAUGUCCGCACAAGGUAUCUACGCUACCAAUGUGACGGAGCUUCGGCAGGAACUCGCGCAAUUUAGCGACGACCAAGCCAAGAUGAACGACACGAAGCUUGGCUUCAAUCCUUCUUCGUUCGUAGAGAGGAUUGAGGUCUUUGGUGACUUUCGGAUUCGCUACUCGAUCGGCGACUGCCCUGGACUACAGGACAUCAACAAGGCAAGCUUGUGCCCUUCCCAGAUUGACAUCGCUCAAGCUAACCUGGUCGUAGUCGUCGAAGAGAUCACGCGAGCUGGUGACAGCGCGUUUCUUGACCACUUAAUCAAGGACCGUACUACAAGGAGACCCGAUCAACGCAUCAUCAUCGUCUUGACAAAGGGAGAGAGCGGCCUGGACCCCUCGGAUCGCAAUGGACCAGCAUUCAACCAACAUGAGAUAGCUGAUCUCGACUGGCUAGCCCAACGUAAAGUAGAAACUCGGAGAAAGAAGGACAGCUACGCGCCAACAGACUAUGCGCAAAGAGACCACUGCGCCCGCGAAAUCUCUUUCAUCACCCUCGAAGAAAAGGAAAUAUGUGCCCGAGAACGAGGUCGUCGCAUUGGCGCAAGGCUUAAGGCAAGAUUCGCAAAACAGAACGACAAUUUGACAGUCAUUACGACUUCGGCACAAGACUACAUGCAGCAUGUCGAGGGCUACCACCAGUACACCGACGAGCAUCUGCCGCUGUCCGUUGAGUCCACCCAGAUCCCCAGUCUAUGUAGGGAACUCGCUGCUAUCGCCAAUGAACGGCUGCAGAAAGAUCUUCUUCGCUUUUACAGGCGAACGCUUCCCGAGCUCUUCAGCUUCAUCGAGCUCGCUUGCAGCACGACUUCCGGGCCGGUGCAGACAGGGCCCAGGUUCAACUUUGAAGAAUUCGCGUCCGGAUUCUUGAAGCAGCUCGAAGUCUUCCUCGAGGUUUUCGAAAAAGAACUCAUCGAUCCGAUGAUUGAGACCAUGAGAAGCGGAGUCGUCGAUUGGAAGAACGACGCUCACGAUGAUAUCAAUAAAUGGCGAAAGUUGCAUGGCAACGCCGUACGGUCCUACUUGAUCAAGCUAGGCAAUCACCGGACAAAGGGACAGCCGAAUUGCGGUUGGAACCUUACGCUUCUGCGUGCUGUCCAGACGACGCUCGACCCACUGUUCAAGGUGCUAAUCGCGGAGGCAUCCUCCAGGCUGGGUAGCCUUGCAUACCAGCUAGAAGGAGACGUGGACGAUUUCCUGGAAGCCCUUCUCGCUGCCGCCGAACAGCUCGACAGCAAGAACUUUGGAGCGAACCUCGACGACAAGAGACCGCAACUCUACAACAUGUUCAGUACUGUCGGCAAAGACCUGAUUACAUUCAUUCGGUUGUUCCGAGGGCGUCUUACUGAAGACGGCAAUGGUGACUUCUUUCCCCAAAAAAUGAAACCGGUCUACACUGCCACAUUACAAGCAAGACCGACAGCCAGAAUGACCAUGAAAGAGGCGCAGAUGCAGAUACUGGAAGCGCGCAUAUGCGGAAAUAACAGUCCCUACGACAGAAUGGUCGACAAGUUUGAAACCGCCUGGAAAGCCAAGAAGAUCGCGUUGUUGGAAAUAGGCAGACUAGCUAUUGCGGAUCAGAUGGCAGAGAUCAAGGCAUCUUACAAGCAACUCAGUACUCCCGAGUCGCAGGACGAUGCUGUGACGCUGUUGCGCGCUGAGCUGGAGCGCAAGGUCGGCUUGGCGAGGGAACAGUGUAGGGGUCCUAUUUUGGCUUCUCUUCUGGAAUGCGGACUUGAUCCGAAGUUGAAGAGAGAGAAGAAAGUGAAGAGGGAGAAGAAGUUGGAGAAGGUGGAGAAGUAG